AUGGCGUUGAUAUACGCAUCAGCAGUGAAUAAGCGAAUGAAUGCGCCAAAGAAAAAGCGCUCGAUGGGCAGUGAUAUGGAUGCCAGCUACUGUUCUUCUGUUCACUCUCGCCAACGUUCAAACGAUUCUUCUGUCUCACAGUCAAUCGAUGGCAUGACAAAGUCACAAAGAAAACGGUAAGUACUUUUUUUAAAGAAAACUUGAUUUUUUGAUAAUAUUUGAGACUUUGUUACAUGCAGGACCGGACUUUUGGUCUGGGGGCGGGGGUCAAAAAAAAUUUUUUUCAAAAAUUCACAGGGGGGGGACCAAGUUCAACUUUUUACGAAAUUUUUUUUCUUUUGGAGGGAGCGGAAGGGGUUUUUUAAAAAUUUUUUUUUUUUUAUUUUUUAAACUUUUUUUAAAACUUUUUUUUCUGAUUUUUAAGAAAUUUUCCUUACUUUUUUGCCCCUUUUUACUUUAAUUUUGGUGGGUUUGGGUAGAAAGCGUCGACACUCCAAAACCAAAUUAACAAAAUAGGAUUCUGUUAUCCUUUCUUCGGCUCCAGAUGGCCUUGGAGCCUCCGAAUGAAUUGCUUUAUCGUGCAGUGUUCUUCAUAUUAUGUAUGGCGAGGCCGCUGAUCGGCAUUCUAUUUUCUUGGUUAUAGGGGGAAGAGAGCGGUUAUAUUACACAACAUUGUCAAAACUUUUUAUUUUAGGGUAGGGUAGGGUAGGGUAAGAGAAAGUGAGGUAGGAGGGUAGGGUAGGGUUUUAAAACCAGAAGAAUGUCUAGUAUUUUCAAGCAUUCUUGACAAUUUUAAAAUGUCUUCAGCUGAUGUAUUACCAUAUAUUAACCACUCAAUCAUUUGCAUUUGUAAUAGAGUAGGGAAUGUUAUUAACAAAGUAUAAAAACAAGCAUUUUAGAAAGGUGAAAGUAGGGCCUAUACUUUGUUUUAUAUGUUAAUAGGUUGAAGAACCAAAAAUCUGUUUUAAAACAAUCAUUUCCGUAACACGAUUACCAUUCUAUAAAUGACGAUAUGACAGAUGUCGAUCAAAUUUUUGGCCGCUCAGGAAAUUCAUACAUAAAAAAUUUCUGUCUUCAGGGCAUUUGCGACUAAAAACGGAAAACGAAGUCAGUUUUGGGUACUUAUUAGGCAGGGCUUUAUUUUUAGAGAUUUUGGUUUUAACAUUUUUUAAAAAAGGAAGGGUAAAGGUUAGAUACGGGGACAGAGAAAGGUAUGGAUAUAUUUUGUAAAAUGAUGGAACAAUGGGGUAAACAGAAAGGUAAUAAAGGCUAUGUAGGAAGAAUAGGAUAGAAUAAUUCUGUGUCCUAAAACUUCAAAAUUUUUUUAAUAGGAGCACAUAAUUUUUUUAACAGUUUUACUUGUAAAAUACGUCUGAAAUAAAAUAAAAAAUGUUUUGUUACUUUAAAAAACCUAAAAUAACAAAAAAAGAAAAAAUAAUGCUAAUGAUGUUAAAAAAAAUGUCAUAAAGCCUUAAUGGGUCCAAGAAGAAGACCAGCACUAAAACAAGUCUAUUAACAUGUCUUUAGUCUUUAGAAGAUAAGUAACGUACUAUUUCUUCAAUUUUAAACUUUUUUUUAAAUCAAGAAACGAUGUUUUAUGUUAUUUACUCAUUUAUUGUUUCGUAUUUUACAUUUAAACAUUCAAAACCUGUUUUUAAAAAAAAUAAAAGCUUGUAAUUUGAAAAUUUUAUUUUAAAAUCUAUAAACUUUCAGAUCUACCUCCCAGCACAGUAGCACACCAACAUCGAUCAAUAACAUAACCCCACCGCCAACUUUGAACAGUUCAGCUUCGGCCAACGGUCUAGUCAGGAAGGAUUCGCUGAGUUCGGAACGAUCACACCGAAAUCACGUUAAACGCUCUAAAACUUCGUAGGUUUUAAAUUUUUUUUGUGUUUUUGAAAAAAUUUAAAUUUAAAAUUUUGAAAAAAAUAUUAAAAAAAUUUUGAUUUUUCAAAAAUUUUUGCUUAGCUACCAAAACCAAAAAAGAAAAAAAAAUAUCUACUCCCUGUUUGUCUUCAAAACCACCCCAAAAAUUGUUAAAUCACCCUUGCCUCUCCGGAAUUAAAGUUUGUCCACAAACAACUCCGGCUCAAUUGUUUUUUGAAUCCCUAAUUUGCGUCUCAUCCUCGAAAUUGAAAUUUCAGUGGGUUUGAUGAAUGUUUGAGUACGAUGUUAUGCACCGCCGUACAAAGUGUUUUACUUUUGGCCGUUUAUUAUGGGGGGGAAGGAUAACGAAUGUGGAGUUUUGGUAGAGGGGGAGGAUAAUGAGUGCGGGUUCCUGGUAGGGAGCUUUAGCUAUCAAUGUCUAUAUAUUUUUCAUAGUUUUACAUGUACAUAAAAAUUAAUCAAAAAAUUUAUGUAAAUUUGAAAUCUAAAGCCUUCUGAUGCUAAAACAACAAGUUAUUUUACUGUCUUUCAGGGUAUCCGACGUAAAACGCAAGAACACAUCAGUUCAUCCGCCAUCGACCAACCAGCUGCGAGUAAGAUCACGUAAAAUCUCUACCCCGAUCAUGUCUCAAAGCAUGGUAAUCGAGCCAUGUUCAAAUUGUAACAAUGGCAAGGAGAAAUCAUUGAGGAAAAGCUUGGCCAAAAAGAGAAUGGGACAGGUAAGGAUUGGUUCUUUAUAUUGUAGUAGACAAAUGUCUAUUAGGUUAUAUUAGAGCUGAAAAAGGGGGCCAACUAGGCCCAGUCCAGUUUAGUCCCGGGUCGGGUUGUGUCGGACCGAAGCCAAUUUGAAACGACUAGUAUAAAUAGUAACGAUAAAUAAGCCUAAAACAAUAAAUACCACCAUUUCCAGGAAUCCAGUGACCCAGAAGAACGUAUGUGUCUAGCAGCUUCAGACGAAAGCUCAGACGUCAACGAUGAAGAAGACGUAUCAUCACGUCGUCGUAGUGUCAGUAUGGACGUAAAUAACACAAAAUCCAAUGAGUACGAAGACUUGUUGGGUGAUAAACGUCGUCAAAGUCAAUCAGUUCGAGUUUCGACGUUCCAGAAAAUGUGCAGCAAGUUUGCCAAGUGGAAGUUGGCCAGACAAGAAUCUAAAGAAACUGAGAUCUAA